AUGCCCUCCUCUCGGCAUCUCUACGCACUUUUCCAGCUAUGGAUAAUGACAGCGAGUGCCCAAACAGGGCCCCCGAAGCCAGCGAUCCGCGUUCGAAUGAACCAUGGCAUAUUCGAGCAAGCAUCUAACAUCGUCGCUGGUCUUGUUGAAUAUGAGACGCCGAGAAUACGAAUACCCAGUACACAACAGUGUUUUCAGGAAGGAUGUGUACAGAUACACUCGUUUCACGUGUCUUCAUUUCGACAACCAUCUUUGGUCUCGUUUGCUCCACACCCGCCCAAUCAGCUCCUGUUAAGAGUUCAGGAUCUCGACUUUUUUGUAACGGGUCUACUCGGUGGAUCUAUCAAUGUGAUCCUUCAAUUUCCUGUCAGCGGAACAGUCUACGUAACAGGUCGAGCCAUCUCCAUUUCGGCUUAUCUUGAUCUACAAAAAUCGGUCGAUGACCGCCCAUACCUGCGCUUCUUAUCAUGUCAGAUUGAUGGUGGCACAAUCGACACCCGGGUAGCAAAUAUGGGGCUGUUCACCGAUACGGUCAACACGAAAUACCGAGGCCAAAUGACAAUGCAAACGAGACAGCUACUACAAGAAGCCAUUUGUGCCAACAUCCAUCGGCUUACAAAGCAACAUUUCUCGGAUCGAAUGGAAAAAUUCCCAACAACCGUCUCUGCUAAAACUUUGAUCGAAAUGAUGCUGAAGCCCAACGCCGCUGGAGGAGAUGUCGUAGCACGCGCGAAAAGAGCUCUUCCUGAAGCUGAAAGGGCCCAGAGUGAUGCUGAGAAGGAUACAAGCACAACUUCACAACCUCAGAACGAAGAUCAAGUUUCGCAAGCAAUACGACUCAGCAGCGAAGAAGUUUCACGGUUUUUCAACUACAACCGAUUGAAGCAUUUAUUUGUGGAUAUGAAUCUAUUGGACGCAUCGGCAACCUACGAAGAUUACUCGAUCGGAAUGAGUGGACACGUUUUUUCAACGAAAGAUCAAUCAACUACUCCGAUGACACCACCAUUCCCGUUCCGUUUGCCCGUUUCGACGCGGCAACGUAUGCUAGAAGUUGGCAUCAGCCCUUAUACGCUAAAUACUCUACUUCAUCGAGCUCAUAGAACAAACUCAUUACUCUUUCAUGUCGACUCAAAGACGCCAAAGAUUGGCACGCUUUUAAAGACAACAUGUACAUUGGACGAGGUGUGCCUGUCGGACCAAAUUGAAGAGGUUGGCGAACAAUAUCCAGAUCGACAACUCGAACUGAUCAUUCGCACAACAAGCCCACCAAUGAUCAAUAUUUCAAAGGAACGGGCCGAACUGAAAAUGGAGGGACGAUGCUUAUUCUUCCUCGAAGGCACUCGCGAGAAAGUUGGCGUGCUGCCGUUCAGAGCCAGGAUUCAUGUGAUAUUGAACAGCCAUGGUUCAACAAUCAAAGGUAGCCUCAAAAUCGACGAAUUGGAAAUCCUGGAAGGUCUCGACUUUUUCGGGUUAACAGCCGAUAAUCUAGAGGGGUUCCGGAAUUCAAUUAAGGGUACUAUGGAAAACAUGGUGAAUAAGGCACUCGACGCCGGCAUAUCUCUAAGCACCGAACAUCUCAACCUACCACUCCGAAUCUCGUCCCCGAUCGUAUCACUAGAAGACGAUCUGCUUCUUCUGCAAGCCAACCUCGACUUAUAUUCCACUCUCUAUGCUGAUUCACCUUUCAGCUCCUUCUUCCAUAACUAUUUCACGCAU